ACCAUGUGGAAGGCAGCACUCCUAACCUUGUGUCUAUUGGUGGCCUUGGUAGACAGAGUGCGGCCAAAUGAAGGCCAUUCCUCUUUCUAUGGAAUGAAGCUCUGUGGAAGAGAAUUUAUACGUGCCGUCAUUUUUACAUGUGGGGGGUCUCGCUGGAGGAGAAGCAUUGGAGACUCGGGUCUUAUUGGAGAUGAGGCGUUUGACCAAUGGAAUGUAAAUCCUUUCCCUCAAAUGGCCAGCGAGCAGGAUCCUACACAAUCCAACGUCUGGAAGGAUCCGUCAUUUGAUGUCGCAUCUGUGGCUGCCGGAUUCAGCCGCUCGGCUCGCUCGCCGAUUUCAGAGGAGGUCCUGGAGGCUCUUCGAAGUGCAGAUAGGAAAGGACGAGAUGUAGUGGUGGGACUGUCCAAUGCCUGCUGCAAGUGGGGCUGCAGUAAGAGUGAAAUAAGCUCCUUGUGCUAA